AUGGAGGCAGUUUUUAGAAUUGCUAUAGGAGAUCACUUGACACUUGGCAGUGAAUCACAUUUAUUUGUUAUUGAUGAGGCCAAUGCAGCUACCACUCUUUUCUUUGAGAAAAGUAUUAAUCGUGAUAUUUCCCAGGGGGCAACUGCCGAUUAUCUUGUUGAUUUUAAAAUGUCAAAGGUUGAAGAGAAUAUUAAAUAUCUUGCUGAUCGUCCUCAUUUUGCUGCUCAAUUUGUAUUAGAAAUUAUACGUUUGGAAAAAAUUAUAAGCAAACAGGAAGUUCAAGGUUCCCUUCGCAUACAUUUCAUUCUGCCUGAUUUAGCAGAAACUAAAGAUAAGUCCGAUCGAGGUGGUUUCCGGGAUACAUCGGAUCGCCUUAUUUACGAUUAUAUAUUAAAUCCGAAACGUUUAGGAUUUGGAAAUGACGUGAUAUGUAGAUUUACUGCAGAAGCUUUAGCUUGUCUAAACAAUCUAGACCAACAUCUAUUCGGUAGUCAGACAUCAUUAUACUUGUACGAGACAAGCAGUGUCAAAAAUAAAUUAACAAUAACCCUUGAAAUUCUGAACGAAAAUAAUUAUUAG